AUGUUGUUUCUGGCGCCGCGCAAGCAUCUAUUGGCCAGCAAUUUGAUAAUAUUCCUCAUGAUUUAUAUCAUGCGCAAGUGCCUGCAGUUGUUCUGCAUCAUCGAGAACAAGGCAUGCCAGCAACCCGACUGCCACUGCGAGCCGGGCCAAACGGACUGUCUGGACUCGCCGCUGAUGGAGCGGCGUGGCGGAUUCAAGCUCAUACCGGAUGCCAUGAGGAAGACCAUGCACAGUUUUGGCUAUGGCGAGGGCCACUAUCAGAUCUUCGUGGAGAAGAAGGAGCGCAAUUUGCCAACCAAAUCGCGCCUCAAUGCGGUCAGCGCUGAACUCAAGCUGAAUCCCAAUUAG